GCGGCGGGGUGGUGACGGACGGGGUGAAACACUCCAUGAACCCCUUCUGCGAGAUCGCGCUGGAGGAGGCCGUGCGGCUGCGGGAGCGGCGCCUGCUGCAGGAGAUCGUGGUGGUCAGCUGCGGGCCCCCCCAAUGUCAGGAGACCAUCCGGACCGCGCUGGCCAUGGGGGCUGACCGGGGGCUGCACGUGGAGAUCCCAGCCCCCGAGUAUGAGAGCCUCGGCCCCUUCCAGGUGGCCAAGAUCCUGGCGGCGCUGGCCAAGAAGGAGGGGGUCAGCCUGGUGCUACUGGGCAAGCAGGGGCUGGGAGUGGCUGACUUAUUACAAAAGCAGCUUUGUGUCUCCUGGAAUCGACACCUCCUCAUCUAUUACUGGGAGUGGACGACAUCCACCCGGAUCGAAUUGGCCCUGUCAGCACUGGUUCUCCACUUGUGAGGCCAUCGACGACGACUGCAACCAGACAGGGCAGAUGACGGCUGCGCUGCUGGACUGGCCCCAGGGGACCUUCGCCUCUGCGCUGACGCUGGAGGGGCAGCAGCUGACGGUGGAGCGGGAGGUGGACGGGGGGCUGGAGAGCAUCCGGCUCAGGCUGCCGGCCGUGGUGACGGCCGACCUGCGCCUCAACGAGCCCCGUUACGCCACCCUGCCCAACAUCAUGAAAGCCAAGAAGAAGAAGAUCGAGGUGCUGAAGGCGUCGGACCUGGGGGUCGAUCUCUCCUCCCGGGUGGCCAUGCAGCGUGUGGAAGAGCCGCCCCAGCGCCAGGCCGGCGUCAAGGUGGAGACCGUGGACGACCUCGUGGGCAAGCUGAAGGAGGGGGGCCUGAUCUGAGCCCCCGGCCGCCCCUCCUGGAGCCGCUGCACCCGGCUCUCCUGCUGCUGUGACGGGCGGUGCCUUGGGGGUCCCCAUCCCCGCGACCUGGCACUGCCCCCCCAUGACUGUAACCGUGCUGCCUUCCGGCCCUGCCGGCUGCCCCCCCGAGCCGCUGCUCCCUCAGCCCUGUGCUCGGGAACCAUAAACCCCGCUGGGUCUUUGGAGA